UUUUGUCCAUUGACUGGCGUUAUAUUUUGGAUCUGACAUAAUGGGGAGCUAACAACUCUCUAAACUGGCCAACUGAGCAAGAUUAUCAGUAAUUAUUGUUGAAAUAUCAAAAAUAGGUAUCUUCCUAUUUAUCAGUCUGUCUCUAUUUGUAAUUUUGUCAUGAUUUGACACAGAGCCGCAGAGUGAAUCACAUAUCUGCUGAGCAGAAGAGGCGAUUCACCAUAAAUGCCUGCUUCAAGACGUUGUGCAAUCUUGUACCAACUCUCAGGUCUCAAUCAAAUAUUAGUAAUGCUGCAACACUUCAAAAAACAGUCGACUACAUUGGCAAACUGCAACUAGAGAGACAACAGAUGCAGGAAGAGACCAAGAGACUACGAGAGGAGAUUGAUGAGCUUAAUACAUCUAUAAGCUUGUGCCAGGAACAGCUUCCUGAUACAGGAGUUCCCAUCACACGCCAUUGCUUCGACCACAUGAGGGAGAAGUAUGACGACUAUGUGAAGAACAGAACUCUGCAGAAUUGGAAAUUCUGGAUAUUUAGCGUCAUUAUUCAGCCUCUGUUUGAGUCCUUUAAUGGGACAGUGUCUACCAACAACAACACAGAGCUAUGUGAAACCACCAUGCAGUGGCUGGAACGAUACUGUACCCUCCCGGUCCUCAGGCCUAUGGUACUCAGGACGUUACGACAGCUCUGUACCAGCACCUCCAUCUUGACUGAUCCCUCUCUUUUGCCUGAGGAAGCUAAAAAGGCUGCUCUCAACCCCAAAAAACAUUCCUCAGGAUCAUAGUUUUAAGUCAGUGUGAUUUGAGUCUUCAAGGACCCUUUAAAGCAACACUGUGGUGGAGUAUUUGCUAUGUUGAGAACACUGAACUCGUUUAACUUCACUCAAACAAGUGGAAAUGCAAUCUCUCUUGUUUACAUGCAGUCUCUAGAGAGCCAUACAGCUGGCAUGUCUUUGUGUUUUUUAGACUUCAUUAGACGUGUGGAUUUUACUGCUCUGUGUUUUUUCGUGUAUUUGGGUGUCUUCCAUAUCAGUGCUCUUAUUUUGAAUAUUUAGUGGAGCCUCACCCUCAGUUCAUCCAGAAACUACAGCAACAGUUAAUAAAUACCAGGAUCAAGACUGUUUUUUUAAGUGCAUGGACAAAAAGUAUGAGUAAAAAUUACAAAUUGAACUACAGACAGAAAUUCUUAUAAGUUUUUUAUCGUAAGAUUUAUUGUUGUGCCUUAAUUUAAGUAGAGCUAUAGAAGAAAAGUUUGAGUUAUAGAAGAAUGAAGCCCGGUGAGUUUUAUACUGUAUAGUUUUUCUUUGUUGCCAUCGUUUGUUUUUGUUUUUUGCACGCUAUAGGCUAUUAUUUUAGGCAUAUUAUGAUCAAAACAAAACUUUUAAUAUUUAAUAGGCCUUACAAUAGCAUUUUAUUUUUUCCAUUGGCGAAUGUCUUUGUCAGCCACCUGAGUAUUACAGUUCACCUUAAAUGGCCACAGGUCUAAAUUGUAAGGACAAGUCUAUUGUUACAAAUGAAAAAAAUGAAAAAAACUAUUCACAGUGUACUCUGAAUGUUGAUUUGCUCUGUUUUGUUUCUGCAAAAACUGAAUGAACCUUUCCAACGGUGGGCUGUUCCCAGUAAUAAAUGAUUUUGCAUUCAUUUA